AACCCACCUUUGACCCAAACCAAAAAAUUGUUGUUCCUCUCUACUCACUCUCUACUAUAUAAAUAACAAACUCACCACGUUCAACUAUCCUUUAUUCCUUUCCAACACAAAACAGAGCACAAUCACCGAAAAGACCAAACUAACCUCCCCCUCUCUCUCUCUCUGUUCAUCGGAAUAUUCUCUGCCAUGUCAGAUCCAACGCAAAACCACGCCUCCGCGCACCACCAGCCCAGCCGCUUGCAGAGGCGCGCUCCGUCGUCACUCCAGAUAAACCGCGCCGUCGACUGGAACGUCGCCAUCCCUCUCCUCUCACCGCUCACUUCGUCGCCGACCACGCAGCAACCAGAUCAUCCGAAGCCGCAGGAUCCGCCGCAGCGCCACCACGACUCCCCCGCUGAGAAGAAGGCCGCGGCGGCGCCUUUCAUGAAGUGGCAGCACCCGGCGGCUCCUUUCUUCUACGAGCCCGCUCCAGGGGUGCCUUCGUUCGUUCCCGUGUAGAUAGGAAGAAAAAAAAAUAAUAUAGAAGAAAUGAGAGAAAUUAUUCUAAUGGUUCAUAAUUAGGCGAGGAUCAAGAUCUAACGGUGUAUGAUGUUUCCUCUUUUUUUUUUUUU